AUGGUGGAGGCGACGUGUUUUCCCGGCACUCAUGCUGUGCUGCCAGAGGUCGAGAAUCGGCUGGACAGAGCCUUCCAAAUCUUUUGGGAAAAGCUGGAGGCCCUCCUGUUCCCGACGGACCCAGAGGCUGUGCCAGAAACCGGGCUACAUGCUCACCCACACCAGGUCAAGCGGGAGGAAGCACAGACUCCCCCGGCAUCAAAACACCCAGGGGGUUGGAGGCAACGAGACAACCACAAGCAGCGGGAGAUCAUAGAUCAGCCGGGCGGCAACACGAGCACACCGACGGCCCUGCAGAACAAAAGAACAAUCGCACGGACGCACAUCAGCCCAUCCUCAUGCCAACUGGAUAGCGGCGACCCAACACCAGGAGACCAGACCCACAACCCUGUAAGGAGCAGUGCGAAUUAUAUGUACCACAAACCAAGCAUGCCUCCGCUGCAGCUAGCACAGCUCGGACAGAUCUCGGACACCCUGCCGGAACACUACUCCAACCUUACCUGUCCCCACUCCUGCAGGACGCUGGGCCUGACACCGGGACUCUUAUGGCAGAAUUUAGUCUGGCUCCAACGGGGAAUUGGCUGA